CACACCAACAGGACACACCCCUCUGCCGCAAAAAUACACACCAUCAAAGUAGUGAAGCAAACACACACACAGCACAUGCACAUAACUUGUGUAUACCUCUGUACACACGUUAUGUACACUCUGCACAUCACACAUCGCACACACAAACAAAACUACAGUUAUAACAUUUGUUUUGUUGACAUUUCAGAUGAAUAUACCUUUUUUUCCAGACAAAUGAAACAUGCACAGCAAAAAUGUUGUGUGCAGGAAUCAUUUGGUCCAAUAACGUUACUAGUAUCUUGUGGAUACCAUGAUCGCACAUAUAAACAAUGUAAAACAUAUAUAUUUCUAAUGUUCUACAAUAAAUGUGAAUUUCCACGAAAAGGGUUGUAAAAGUUUCCGGAUUUCACAACCCUCCACAGACACAAACCUGACAAGUUGGCAAUAUAUAAACACAAGAAGUGUGCUUGGAAAUGUGGGAGUUUUUGUUCCUGCCUCAUAUGUUCAGGAAUUACACUUAAUUACAGUAAAGUAAACUAGAGUUUCUUAACCCUGCACACACAUACAAUGUCAUCAACAGAGUUAUCAACAGAACUUUGAGUGACAUAGUCCUCUCUGUCGCCAGCCCCCUUUAUAACCCUGGGUGUGGGGACAGUAUAAAGAGGAGCACUCGAGCUACGCAGAACAGUCCGUUCUUUAAGACUACUCAGAACAUUCUAGUCUUUUGCAGAAUAUAUAAUAAGAAUGAAUGAAGUUCUAGCCUUACUACUGCUGUCUCUGUGCUGCGGCCUGUCCACGGGACUGGGCGAUAAUCGGGACAGUGAGGGGUACCUGGGGACUGGGGCUAGUCUAGCUGUCUGUCUGCCCGACACCUGUGCCUUGUUCAGGGAACUUGCAGCCAUGAAAGAGAGACUAGGAACCAUGGACCAGACGCAGGCUGCCCUGAAGGAAAGUUUUGGGGCCAUGGGACAGAAACUGGGAGCUGUGGAGACCAAGCUACAGGGCAGUGAGAGUCAGGUGGAGGAGCUGAAGAAAGUGAAUACAGCUCAAGAGGAAGAACUGAAAGCCUUGAAGAAGAGCUUAUCAACUGCCCAGCCAAAGGUGGCCUUCUCUGCAGCUCUCAGAGACUCUGGCGGUGGGCAUAUUGGACCCUUCACAACCAAUACCCCUUUACAGUACAAAAGAGUCUUCUCCAACACCGGCAGUAGCUACAAUCCUGCUACAGGCAUCUUCACAGCCAUGGUCAGAGGGAUGUACUGCUUCCGCUACUCCAUGUACAGCAACAACUCUGGCCGUCCCAACUCUGUCGUGUCUCUGAUGAAGAACAGUGAGAUGCUGGUUACUACGUGGAACACUGAUGACAGUAUGAAUGUCCACGAAAGCGCUAGCAACGCAGCGGUAGUGCAACUGGAGGUGGGAGACGGUGUGUACAUCCAGCUCUGGGCUAACCGGGUCCUCUAUGACGACCGUAAUAACUACAACACCUUUACUGGGUUCCUACUGUUCACUGUGUAACAAGACCAGUUGAUUUAACUGAGGUUUUGUAAAAAUGUGAAUUGAUUGACAAGAUAUUAAUUUGGCCACACAGUAUAGGUUUUCAAAACAAAUACAUAAUAUCUGUAUGAGUGAAACAAAAUAAAAGUGAAUUGUCUUACUGUGUUUUAUCUGGUGGUUUUCUGGCC